UUCAGCAAACCACCUUUCUACCUUUGUUAUUGACGGAGGACAUUCCCAGGAGAAAGAGCUCAGACAUGGCUAAGAAGAAAAACAAGGGAGACUCCGUCGGGAUGCGGAUGAAGGCUUGCCAGACAAACAACGGGUUUGUCCAAAAUGAAGACAACCUGGAGCAGGACCUGGAUCCCCGCAGCCCAGAGGACAGCCCGCAGCACAGCGUGGUGGGCAUCCUUGACCCCGAAGACUCCGACCCCUUGAAGGUCAUUCAGCCGUACGCCGGCAUGCCCAAGGAGGUACUGUUCCACUUCUCGCACCAGGCUCGCUACCGGGUGCCCCGCGAGGUCCUCUUCUGGCUCACUGUAGCUGCUGUGCUCACGCUCAUUUCGGCCACCAUAGCCAUCAUCGCCAUCUCCCCCAAGUGCCUAGACUGGUGGCAGGCGGGGCCCAUGUACCAGAUCUACCCGCGAUCUUUCAAAGACAGCAACGGCGACGGGAACGGAGAUCUGAAAGGUAUUCAGGAUAAGCUGGACUACAUCACCACUUUAAAUAUAAAAACUCUUUGGAUCACUUCAUUUUAUAAAUCAUCCCUUAAAGAUUUCCGUCAUGGUGUUGAAGAUUUCCGAGAAAUCGAUCCCAUUUUUGGAACCAUGAAAGAUUUUGAGAAUCUGGUUGCAGCCAUACAUGAUAAAGGUUUGAAAUUAAUCAUUGAUUUCAUACCAAACCACACAAGUGAUAAACAUGCUUGGUUUCAGUUGAGUCGGAAGCAGGAAGGGAAAUAUACCGAUUAUUAUAUCUGGCACAACUGUACCCAUACAAAUGGCAUGGUCAUACCACCCAACAACUGGGUAAGUGUAUAUGGAAACUCCAGUUGGCACUUUGAUGAAGUACGACAGCAAUGUUAUUUUCACCAGUUUACGAAGGAGCAACCUGAUUUAAAUUUCCGCAAUCCUGAUGUUCAAGAAGAAAUAAAAGAACUUAUACAGUUCUGGCUUGCAAAGGGCGUGGAUGGUUUUAGUUUCAAUGCUGUUAAAUUUCUUCUGGAAGAAAAACAUCUGAGAGACGAGAUCCAAGUGAAUAAGAACCAAGCCCCGGGCACAGUCACACAGUACUCGGAGCUGUACCACGACUUCACCACCACACAGGUGGGGAUGCAUGACAUGGUCCGCAGCUUCCGGCAGACCUUGGACCAGUAUAGCAGGGAGCCUGGGAGAUACAGGUUCAUGGGGACUGAAGCCUAUGGAGAGAGCAUUGACAAGACCAUGAUGUACUAUGGGUUGCCUUUUAUCCAAGAAGCAGAUUUUCCCUUCAACAGUUAUCUCAGCAUGCUAGGCUCACCUCCUGGAAACAAUGUGUCUAAAGUUAUCACAUCCUGGAUGGAAAAUAUGCCAGAAGGAAAAUGGCCUAAUUGGAUGAUGGGUGGACCAGACAGUAUGCGGCUGACUUCUCGUUUGGGGAAAGAAUAUGUCAACAUCAUGAACAUGCUUCUCUUUACACUCCCUGGAACUCCUAUAACUUACUACGGAGAAGAAAUAGGAAUGGGAAAUACUGUAGUCACAAGUCUCAAUGAAAGCUAUGAUGUUAAUACACUCUUUUCAAAGUCACCAAUGCAGUGGGACAACAGUUCAAACGCUGGCUUUUCUGAAGGCAGUCACACCUGGUUACCCCCCACUUCAGAUUACCACACUGUGAACGUUGAUGUACAAAAGAGUCAAUCCACAUCAGCACUGAAUUUAUAUCAAGAGUUGAGCUUGCUUCGCGCUAAUGAGCUACUCCUUAACAGGGGCUGGUUUUGCUACUUGAGGAAUGACUAUGACUCUGUCAUGUACACUAGAGAGUUCGAUGGCAUAGACAGAGUCUUUCUUGUGGUUCUGAAUUUUGGAGACAUUCCAUCGUUAAAUCUACAGGACAUUAUUUCAGAUAUUCCCACAAAAGUGAGGAUAAGACUGAGUACCAAUUCUGACCGCAAAGGCAGUGAGGUCGAGACGUCUGCCGUCACGCUGCACAAGGGUGAGGGGCUCAUUCUUGAAUACAAGACGGCGAAACCCCUUCACGGCCAGACAGCUCUCAGAGACAGCUGCUUCAUUUCCAAUCGGGCAUGCUAUUCCAGUGUGUUCAACAUACUGUACAGCUCGUGUUAGACACCUCUACGAAAGAGAUGAAGACACUGGCGUUCUCUUGUUAUAAACAUUUGCAGUAACCUCAUGUAUAACAACAUGCUGCUGGGUAAACCUUAUUAACAGUCAUUCUUAGAUUUUUCUGUAGGUUGAAUGUAACUGCUUUAUGAAAGAUACUGAAAUGUUUUUAAAGACUAAUAAAAUCUUCAACAAAAAAUUAUUACCUGGAGGAACUGGUAACUUUUUUGAGAUAGCAUCAAUAAGAGAUGAGCAGAAUGCCUUAGGACCCAGAUGAUUUGGAUGGAUUUUAACGUGAAGAACAUUCUCUUUUUCCAUACAAUGCAUAAAAUGAUGAUCACUUACUUUGACACUUUAGUGUGUCAAAAAAUAUUUACGAGCAGAGAAGCAGGACUUUGAUUUGUAAACCGUUCAAAAUCUUGGUAAAACCGACAAAAACAAAGCUGUACUAAUGGGGCAGGGGAGAGUCAGCUGUGACCAAUCCUCCCCUCACCCUCUACUCCAUGUCCUCCUAAGGAGCCUGAUUUGAAAAUGACCUUCCCAGGUUCAGGGACAUGUGUAUCAAAGCGGAGA